AUGUUGAUCAAAAGGCGUUCCCACGCUUCACACUCCACUCACCAUCGCCACCACCGUCGAUCAUCCAUGGCGUCCUCAUCGCCCGACCCACACCCAAACACGAAAAACUUACGCGACCACCUCCUCGCCGCGCUCGCUGGCCACCCCGGCACGCGCACGUUCCACCUGCACGUCCUCGUCACGGCGCCGCGCAAGUCGAAUGCGCUGUUCCCGUUUGCCACCCCGCGCCCGCCGCGCGCCUACCUGCAUGAUGUACUUGUUUUGCUGUCUGAGCAGAGCGAGGCAACGGCGACGGCGCUUGCGAAAACGAGCAGCACGUCGUCCAACGCGAAUGCAAGCCAGACUGGUGCCACAAGCGCCACUACUACCACGACCUCAAAGAGCGCGACCUCUACGACGAAGAACACGCCAGACACCCCCGACCCACCGCGCAUCCUCGUCUCCGCAAUCGAGGUGAGCGUGUACCACCUCCCAGCGACCUCCAGCGCCGUGCUCUACGUCUCCAAAGUUGACUCGACGGGCCAGGCCUCGGCACCUUCGCCCACGGGCACCCUCGUACGGGCUUUGCUGGGGUACUACGCCGACCCCCGGACGCGGCCCAUCGAUGCGAGACAUCUGUGGGUACAGCUGUUCGCACGCGCGCAGGCGCAGUACCUGUUCCCGAACUCGCAGGAGUGGGAGGGCAAGAAGCCGCUGGGGGACACGAAGCUGUGUGCGUGGUGGAAGAGGGUGCUGGGGAAGGUUGUGGCGGAUGUGGAGAAGGCGCAUGAGGUGAAAGUGGCGGAUGCUGGUGCUGGAAAGGACGAGGAAAAAGGGAAAGAAAAGGAGAAGAUCGCGACGAGGAUGUAUUAUGUACUACCUGGCUACACGCAAUUUGAAGCCGACAAUGCGCUCCGCAUCGCUGCCCCUCCAUCCUCCUCCCAGCCUGAAACGAGCUUGCGAUGGGAGUACGGGCACCCAUACUCGCAGAAGGAGAUCGCUCUGCCGUGCCCGAAGGACGAGACGACGAAGAACUUGGGGUUCUACAUACCUUACUUUGACGACUGCCCAAAGUCGCGUUUCCUGGACGAGAUCGCGCAUACGACGGAUGGGGAGAUCAGAUCGCCGCAGCGGAAGCGGGCGCGGACGAUGACGAGCGAGGAGGAGAAGGAGAAGGAAAAGGAAAAGGCCGAGGAGAAGAAGGAGGACAACAAACCGCUGGGAGAGCUGGGGAAGGUGAGCGCGAACGAGUUCUGGGAGCGGAUGUCGUUCCGGCAGGAGUGUGUGGCUGGGGCCGUGACGGGGUUCUUCGCGGUGGUCGUGUCGGUGCCGGCAUCGAUGAUGCGCAAGGCGACGGCGUCCCCACUGGCGCCCCAGCCGGGGCAGGUGUCGUCGCAGCUGAACAAGCGGGUGAUGACGACACUGACGACUGGGGUGGAGUUCUCGAGCGUGGAGCGGGCAGUGAGGGCGACGGAGACGGUGGAGAGCGCGAUCCGGGGGUUAUGUGAGGGCAUCGCCGCUGCUCGCGCCCCGCCCGACGAUGGACGACGGACGCCGGAGCGGGAUGUCGGGCGGCACCUGCUGGCCCCGCCGUCGACGCCGAAGAUGCGGCGGGUCGCGCUGCCGGAGGUGUCGCCGAACCCGUUCCCUGAGCCGGAGACAUCACUGGAGACAUACGAGGCGUUUGUGUACGGGAGGGUGUCGACGCGAAACGCGGUGGAGGCGGUGAAGACACAGGGAGGGGGCGGGCACGUGACUGUGCUGGCGGUGCGACGGAAAAAACGGAUAUAG